CGCCACCCGUCAACCCGUUCAACACCACGAGAGCGCCAAACCACCAUAUCCAUCGCUUGCUGCACCGCCUUUUCGGCAACCUGGUCCGCGGAACGCAUUUUCUGCAUCGCCGCGCUAUUCCCACAACGUCGACUCGACCGAGCCUGGUAAGUACCGUCCCGUCUCGUAUCGGUCGUAAGGCGAGGCACCUCUUCACUCCACUGCCGCCCUCACCAUGUAGUCUACAUCCAUAUCCAUGCAUUGUGUCUAGUGCUCUUUUCGUUCAGUCCCUGCGCCUGUUCUUUCCAUGUCAUUCUCUAUUUGACUACGUCUCGGAUGGUUAUCCACCCAGCGUCAGGUGAUCGUGCGAUGCAUACUUACUUGUCCCAUGAUAGCAGGAAGAUGGUGCUGGAAACGCCAUUAUUACGGGUGAGCAGGCCAGUCGCCGCUUGUUCGCGAUGUCGAGCAGCAAAAGUCAAGUGCGACGGUAAACUGCCCGCAUGCACAGCAUGCGAAAAGUCCAAUCGGGCCUCAGAGUGCUCGAGCACCAACGACCAGUUUGCGAGAGGCAAGGAAAGGAGCUAUGUCGCGACUCUCGAGUCUAGAGUUGAGAAACUAGAGAAGAAGAUACAUGAAGCCCGUGCGAGGCGCAAGUCUUCUGGCGUUCUGAUGUUGGACAUGUCUGAGAACUCGACCCCACGUAGAGCAUCUGUCGAUACCGUAAAGGCAACGAGACCCAUCAGCAAGAGGGCUGAGAGACGUAGGGAAGCCUCAGAAAUCGACGACCUCGUUUCAGAUUUUGGUCUCCUCGCCGUGAAUGCUACUGCAAGAGACUUCUAUGGCUUCACAACAGAGAUGUCUUACGCCCGCUUGAUUCGAUCGGCCAGCGCAAAAGAGCCACUCCCAACCGGCUUGAUCAAAGCAUUGCCUCCAAAAUACGCAGCAACACCACUGAUUCAACAUUACUUAAAUAACAUCUUCACCUUAUGGCCAGUCUUUGAGGAAGCUACUCUUUACUCUUCCGUAGAGGCCGUCUAUUCACAGGGCGACAAUGCAAAACCCUGGGAUCGCUGGAGUGUGCGUAUGGUUUUGGCUAUCGCCUGUCUCUCCCAAUCUGAAUCGAGGGGUGAUACACAUUACUCCGAUGCUGUUGGCCACAUGAAUGCGGCUCUUGAGAAUGCCGAAGAUGUACUACAUCCUGGUUACGUCUCCAGUAUUCAAGCUUUGAUACUCUGGACCAUCUACGCCACUAUGGAUCCCCAUCAUUUUGACAGUUGGACACUAGUCGGCGCAGCUUCCAGAGCAAUGGUAGAUCUCGGCAUACAUCAAGAUCCGUCCAAGACUGUUGCAAUGUCACGGCCGAAGCUAGAGAUCAGGAGAAGAGUAUAUUGGUGUGUAUACUCUUUGGAUAGAUCGACAUCGCUCGUUCAGACUCGCGCCUUCUCGUUCUCAGACGAGGCUGCGAAUGUCGGCUUUCCAUUCCACAACGCUUCCAUCUCACCAAAGUUUGCUUCGCCUACAUCUCAAGUCUUCCAACAGUCUUUCGAUACAGCUGUCGAUCUCUUCAGGAUACGAGAGAUUCAGUCAGAGUGGUAUAUGGACCUUUUCCAAUCUGGACGGGAGCCUUGGCAAGAGCCAUAUCAAUACAUCUGGAAGCAGUAUAGCAAGAUGUCAGAGUGGUUCCAAGACAUGCCUCAGAGUACUCUUCCUGCCGUCAAGUCAUUCUUCGAGCUCGAACUUCUCUACAGCUACGUCUAUAUUCUCUCGCCAAGCCCGCGGAUACCUCAUAUUCACGAGUAUGCUCAGCGUUUGAUUUUCGAACAUUGCAUUGCAUACGCUACGAACCUACUCGCCAUACUGGACAAACCUUCCAACACUGUGAAGCCUCCAGUCACCUUUUAUGACGCUAUGCGCGCUUACAUGACAGGCCGGCAGUUUGUGGACGUUCUGUCACGCAACAUGGAGAUGAUCCUUGACCCAAGACCACCGGUACCUCCAACGCCACUGGCUCCUCAAACAGAAUCCGAAGAUCCCCUGGCACCACCUGCGCAGGUCAGCGCACCACCAUUCCCAUCACCACUACUUCCUGAAGGACAGAUGCUGCCAUUAGACCCCACCACUCGUGCCAUCAACGCUAUCCAUGACUUCACAUCAGUACUAUCCAAAUUUGGCCUAAGGUUUGGCUUUACCCACUGGCGUGAUCGGUUCCAAAGAGAGUCCGCUGCUCUAUCUGCACAGCUUUACCAACGCCAACAAACAUCACCGCACACUUCGCCUCCAGUACAACAAAUUCCACCACCUGUUACCUACCCUCCACAAUGGGUACCGAUGCCAUCGGUAUCUCCACAGGCGCCACAACUCAUGUACCCAGGAGGCCCAACAACACCACCAAGUCUGUUCCCGCAAUCUAGUCCUUUCGCAAGUUCCAUGUCAUAUAAUGGCACUUCGUACGACGGAUCCGGUCAUAGUCCCCAACCACACGGUAUGACAUUCGACGCGAGCCCUGGCCAACAGACAUGGACAACUCCGUCACCUCAGCCGCUACCUGAGUUGCCACAACCAUCCGGCGGCCAGAAACGAAGAGCUAUGGUAUAUGGCCCAGGUUUACCAGCGCCGCAGUCCGGACAAGGUCACAGUCCUGGUGCGUCGUCGAUAUCUGGGCAGGAUAGCAAUGGAUGGCCACAACAGGAGCAACAACAACAAGAUACAAACGGCUACUUCCAAGCGCCACCUUCUAUGCCGCACCAGCAUAGCAAUUCAUGGACACAGGAUCCGUCGCAAACCAGCUGGGGGUAAUAGAGGGACUUUCACAGGGUGACAAGGUAAAAGAACGGCAUGCCAACGGCAAACAACAUUUCUAGGAAGCGGAAGUCGUGCUCAAAUAACGUUAGCCUGUAUAUUUGGUACGAAGACAGCUAGCAUACCACAUAGUAUACUCGUGGUAAAC